AAAUACAUCUGGUAUGAUGGGUGGAAGUUCAGUUAUAAGGCCAUGUUUCCCCAUGGAGCAUUCCUCCCCGGCAGACAACUCGCAAAAGAACCUGUCCAGAAACCAUCUCUACCCAGACUGCACAAAUGAGUUCUCCGUACAUCCUCCCUACGGGCGCAACAGUCCUGGUCACCGGCGCCAACGGAUUUAUUGCAUCGCAUACUGUAGACAAACUACUGGAGCAGGGCUAUAAAGUCCGCGGCACAAUCCGCACUCCUAAACCAUGGCUGAACGAAUUCUUCGACGGAAAGUACGGCAAAGGACAUUUUGAGACGACGAUUGUCUCCGAUUUUAGCGAUGUCUCGAGCGUAGACACUGCGCUGCAGGGCGUGUCGGGGGUUAUCCAUAUGGCAUCUGAUUUGACUUUCAAUUCAAACCCCGAUGCGGUCAUUCCUUGGGUGAUCGAUGCAACCCGCACAAUCCUCGAGGUUGCAUCGAAACAUUCAACCAUCCGAAGGGUCGUCCUUACAUCGUCUUCGAGGGCCUGUUAUACAGCUACUCGGGCUAGCACCCGCGGCGUGAAGAUAGAUGAGAACACCUGGAAUGAGGCCGCCAUAAAGGCCGCCUGGGACCCGACGACGCCUGACGAAGCAAAGGCGUACGUCGUGUAUUCUGCAUCCAAAGCAGAAUCGGAAAGGUACGCUUGGAAAUGGGUUGAAGAGAAUCAUCCUCAUUUCGACUUCAACACGGUGCUUCCGGAUCUUAACAUGGGCAGAAUCCUCCAUCCAGAGAUCUUCGGUUCCACCAUGGGCUACACCCGCAAGCUUCUCCAGGGAGAUCCUACUCCAUUCAGUCUUUUCCCGCCCCAAUGGUAUGUAGAUGUCGAAGACGUGGCCCGUCUCCAUCUCAUUGCACUUCUUGGUGAGAAGGUGAAGGCUCAACGGAUCUUUGCUUUUGCGGCAUCGAAGAACUGGACCGACUAUAUUCAGAUCUUGCGAAAGUUGAGGCCCCAUAAUAAGUUGAUUCCCGACGCCCCUGCAAAUGAGAGACAUGAUGAAGCUGUUAUCCUUCCGGCUCAUAAAGCGGAGGCGUUGCUGAGAGAGUUCUUCGGCAGGGAUGGUUGGACUUCUCUUGAAGAGAGUCUGGCUGCUGGAAUCCAGGGGUUUGAGUAGAUUGGAUUGGUAGAUAGAGAUAUCUUGACGAUGUUCUAUAUACUUUACUAAGUAUAUCAAAGAUAUCUGUCUACUUUUUUAGGCAGUGAGCCCAUAAAGAUACGUGACGACAUUUUUGAAUUAAGAGAGCGGUAUUAUCUGGGCGUUGAGAUUUACGAAGACAUUUCCAAUGACCUUGUAACCUUUCAAGAUGUG